AUGGAGUCCGCCCUCUUCCCGAGGGAGGCGCCGGCCGCGGGGGCGGAAGAAGAGGAGCGGGAGGAAGCGCGCGAGGCCGCCUGGCGGGGACGGGGAGCGUGUGAACGCCAGACACGGGGCGCGAGGAGGACGGGGGCGGAAGGUGAGCCCCGGGAGCCGGCCUGGCCGAGGGGAAGCCGCCUCCAUCCGAGGGGAAGGGGCAGCCCGCCCCGUCGGGGGCAGACGCGAGAGCAGCCGGCCAGCCCCGCUCCGGCCUCCGCCCCACCGGGCGCACGCGGGCGUCUCCUUGGCGCCUGCCCCUCCUGCGAAGGGACCCCCGAUGGCCCCCCCCCCAGAGGGCGCGUCCUGGAGGGGGGGAUGCUGCCCCGGCGCCCAUCCGUCCCGAUCUCUUUCCUCCCUCCCAGUUCUGCGCUUCGCCCCGGCCCUAGACGGCGCGGUUGGGGUGGCCCCCUUGCCCUCCUCCUGGGGGCACUUCGGGGGGGCGGCGGGUGCUGCUGUCUUCCUUGCUGUCCAGGCGCCCAUCCUCCCUGACCUCCCUCCCAGCUCUGCCCGAAGCCCUCGUUUCAGACGGCGCGGGCGGGCGCACCUUCUCCUCGCUCCCUUUUGGGGGGAGCCUUGUGGGGUGGGUGCCGCUGUCUUCCGUGCUGCCCAGGCGCGCCAUGGUGACCCCCUUCCUCCCUCCCUCCCCGCUCCCAGGUUUGCGCUUCGCCCCGGCCUUAGACGGCGCGGUCGGGGUGGCCCCCUUGCCCUCCUCCUGGGGGCACUUCGUGGGGUGGGCGCCGCUGUCUUCCAUGGUGACCCCCUUCCUUCCUUCCUUCCUCCCCGCUCCCAGGUUUGCGCUUCGCCCCGGCCCUGGACGGCGCGUCCGGCAAGGCGCCCCGCUGCCCCUCGGCUCGCCGCUCCAUGGUCGCGGAGCCCCGGCUGCCCCGUCCGGGCGCCCGCCGCCGGCCAUGCGCGUGGCCACGGUGCUGGCGGUGCUGCGCCCGGCGCUGCCGCUGCUGCUGGGUCUGUCGCUGGGCUGCAGCCUGAGCCUGCUGCGCGUCUCGUGGAUCCAGGGCGACGCCGGAGACUCUUGCGCCGACGCCACCGGCGGAGCCGCGCUGGGCCAUGGGCGGCAGCCCGACGGAGAGGGGCUGCCGGGGGCCGGAGGAGGAGGAGCGGGGCCGGGCAGGAAGGAGGGCGAGGAGUCGCAGGAGGAGUUCAAGCCGCGCAUCGUGCCUUACUACAGGGACCCCAGCAAGCCCUACAAGAAGGUGCUCAGGUAAGGCGCUUAUGCUGGAGGGGGCGAGCCUUCUCCCCAGAGCUGGGUCCAGGGGCUUUGGGGAGGAGGAGCACUGUCAUGCCAGAGGUAAGCAAGGCUUUUGCCAACAGUCCCAAAUAAUAAUAAUAAUAAUAAAAUUUUAUUUAUGUCCCACCCUCCCCAGCCGAAGCCAGGCUCAGAGCGGCUAACAACAAUAAAAGUAACACAACAUUCUAAAAUCAAUUCAUUUUCAAAAUCAGUUCAAAAUCAAAUUAAUGGCAACCAUUGGGCUAGAGUUCUGUGAGGAUUACCAAAGGAGGGGGUCAGGCUGUGCCUUGGCCAAAGGCCAGGUGGAACAGCUCUGUCUUGCAGGAAAGAUGUCAGGUCCCGCAAGGCCCUAGGCUCUUGUGACAGAGCGUUCCACCAGAUCGGGGCCACGGCCGAAAAAGCCCUGGCUCUGGUUGAGGCCAGCCUAACCUCCCUGUGGCCCGGGACCUCCAAGAUGCUUUUGUUUGAAGACCGUAAGGUCCUCCAUGGGACAUACCAGGAGAGGCGGUCCCGUAGGUACGAGGGUCCUAGGCUGCAUAGGGCUUUGAAGGUUAAAACCAGCACCUUGAACCUGAUCCUGUACUCCACCGGGAGCCAGUGCAGCUGGUAGAGUACCGGGUGAAUGUGAUCUCGCAGCGAGGACCCCGUAAGGAGUCUCACCACGGCGUUCUGCACCCGCUGAAGUUUCUGGGUCAGUCUCAAAGGCAGCCCCACGUAGAGCGAGUUACAAUGAUCCAGUCUGGAGAUGACCGCCGUGUGGAUCACAGGGGCGAGGUCAAAGCCCUCUGGCUUUGGGGGAAGCAAAGACUCUCAGAAGAGAACUAGGAAUCUAGAUAGACUGCCUCUGUACCUGGAGGUUCCAGAAGAAGAGUCUGCCUGCCUGGUCCCUUUAGUCCAGCAUCCACAGGGUUCAGUCAGAUGCCCAUUAUGGGAAGCCUGCAAGCAGGAUUUGAACACAAGACCACCUGCUCCCUCCCACUGGAGGCACAGCAUAAUCAUCCUGGCUAAGAGCCCUUCAUGGCCAUCUCCUCCUCCUCCUCCUCCUCCUCCUCCUCCUCCUCCUCCUCCAUGAAUUCGUCCUUUUAAAGCCACCCAGACUGGUGGCCAUCCCUGCCUCCUGUGGCCGGGAGUUCCGCAGUUUAACUCCGUGCUGUGUGAAUAAAUACUUCUUUUUCUCUGCCCCGAGUCUGACCAACAUUCUGCUUCAUGGGAUUCCCAUGAGUUUUAGCGUCAUGAGACUAAGGAGGGAAACUUUUCCUUUUCUACUUUCCCCAUGCCAUGCAUGAUUUCAUAACCUUCGGUCAGGGCUUUCCUUUGGUGCGCUUCCUGUGCGCUGGGGACAACCGCGCUUGGGUGCUGCUGCUCCUCACAUUGCGGGAGGGAGUGGAGGCAGGGAGAGCAUGGCUCAGCUGCAGUAAUAAUAAUAAUAAUAAUAAUUCAUUAUUUAUACCCUGCCCAUCUGGCUGGGCUUCCCCAGCCACUCUGGGUGGCUUCCAACAAAAUAUUAAAAUACCGUAAUACAUCAAACAUCAAAGGCUUCCCUAAACAGUGAGCUGGUGGUGCCCUUUCCCCGGGAGAACGGGCCCGAGUGCCCCAGGCACCCUGAUACCGGGGCGGCUGCUGCGAUGCAGGUCUGUGGGGAGGGAGGAGCGUUCACGCUCACGAGGAGUUUUCCCUCUUUCUGUCUGUACCCCGAGGAACCUGCGGUGUGCAAGUGCCCAGGAGCAGCGUUGUGAGUCUACCCCCGAGUUGCGGUAGUUCAGGCUCCCAGCUGCACCCAGAGAGGUCUCUGGCCCCGUUGGUGGCCAGUGGGCAAGGAGCAGAGGCCAGAAACACGGGCCCAUUCAGCGCUCUCCAGGCCCAUAUCGAUGGGGCUUUCCUUCUUUAAGUUCUCAAAGCUCCUAACCGAGCUCAGGGUGGUCCUCUGAACUAGCCAGAUGUUUAACUGAGACGCAGUCAGUCCAUCCUUUGAAAAAGAAGGCUUUAGAGUCUCCUUGCCCCAAAAUGGCAACUAGGCAUUCUGUUUGGGCGACUGGAGCCCUGGUUUAAGUGCCUAGCUUAUAUAUCUUGAGUUUCUAACACUGAAAGGAUCCAGGAGUCUCCCCGUCCUGCAAUGACAAGCUCUGCUCCUCCCUGGUGUCCAAGAACGCGCAGGAUUCUGAGGAGAGCCAGACAGAGGUUAGAGGUAACCAGGCACAGCUGGAGGCUGCUUGGGAAACAUCCAGGAGGGGAGCAGCCAUGGGGGGGGGGAGGGAGCAGGGCCCCUAAGUCCUGGCAACUGCUCCAUCGGGGCAACACCUACUGGGGAUGGUUGCUGAGACCACUAGGCUGAGUCUACGGUGGUACCUUGGUUCUCAAACGUAAUCAGAAUAGCCGACAGCUGCAUCAGACGUUCAGCUUCCAAAAAAUGUUCGAAAACUGGAAGACUUACUUCUAGGUUUGCAGCAUUCGUGAGCCGAUUUGUUCAUCAGCUAAGCUGUUUGAGAACCAAGGUACCACUGCAUUUUGUUUCCUUGAAUAAAGAGUUAACUCUUUACAGGGAAGUUUUUAAUGUGUGAUGCUUUACUGUGCUUUUAUAAUUUGCUGGAAGCUGCCCCGUCAUAUGGGCAGUGAGUAAAUGAUUUGUUGUUGUUGUUGUUGUUGUUGUGGUUGUUACUACCUUCCCUGGCACUGAAGAUUUGCUUCCUUUCUUGCUGACCUGCCCCUGACUCCAGCCCUGACCAUGUCUGUAUGUUGCAUUGCAUCGUAUCACAGUUUCAAGUGCCUUUUUACUUCUGUCGCUUUCCCCUUGAGACAAAAAGCUCCCCUUCUCCUCCUCCUCCUUCUCCUUUCACAGGACGCGCUACAUCCAGACGGAGCUGGGCUUCCGCGAGCGGCUCUUUGUGGCCGUGCUGACCUCCAAGGCCACCCUGGGCACCCUGGCCGUGGCCGUCAACAAGACGGCCGCCCACCACUUCCCCCACCUCCUCUACUUCACGGGGCUGCGGGGGGCCAAGGUGCCCCACGGCCUGGCGCUGGUGUCGCACGGGGACGAGCGGCCCGUGUGGCUCAUGUACGAGACGGUGCGCUACGUCCACCAGCACUUUGGGGGCGACUUCGACUGGUUCUUCGUCAUGCAGGACGACACCUACGUCCAGCCGGAGCGGCUCAAGGCGCUGGUGGCCCACCUGAGCAUCCACCAGGACGUCUACCUGGGCCGGGCGGAGGAGUUCAUUGGCGGGGACGAGCAGGCGCGCUAUUGCCACGGCGGCUUCGGCUACCUGCUCUCCCGCAGCCUCCUCCUCAAGCUGCACCCCCACCUGGACAGCUGCCGCAACGAGAUCCUCAGCCUGCGGCCGGACGAGUGGCUGGGCCGCUGCCUCGCAGACUUCCUGGGCACCAGCUGCACCUCCCAGCACCAGGUGGGCAGGCGGGAGUCCCACGGGGCUAGAGACAAGAGUCCCACGGGGCCAAGGGGCUGGAAGAUGGGGCAUGGAGGAAGGCAGGCAGGCAGGAGUUCCACAGGGCCAAGGAGCUAGGAAAUGGGGCUUGGAGGGAGGGAGGCAGGCAGGAGUCCUGCAGGUCCAGAGGCAGGAAUCCCAAAGGCCAAUAGGCUAGGAGAUGGAGCCAGGCAGGCAGGCAGGAGACCCACAGGUCCAGAGGCAAGAGUCCCACAGCCCCAAGAGGCCAGGAGGUGAGGCCAGGCAGGCAGGACUCCCACAGGGCCAGACACAAGAGUCCCACAGGGUGAAGAGGCUAAGAGAUGAAGCAAGGCAGACAGGCAGGCAGGAGCCCCACAGGUCCAGAGGCUUCUCCAUGGAAGCCAGUGCCCUCUUUACGCUUGGAGCCCCUUCCAGCGGGACAUCUGAGCGAAUGCUGUGGGGCUCGCUCAGCCUCCGACUUGCUACUUCUCUCUCUCUGGGUUUUUUUAAUAUCUGGGGAGGCAGUGAGGGGGGACUUGGGAGACAGGGGUUGGUUAAGGCAGGCCUGGCCUGCUUCCUGGUCUGCUUCGAAGAGGCCUGCACUUGCCCAACAGCCCAUAGUAGUGGCUUGCUUGGGCUUAGGGGACAACGCCAGUCCCAAGGCAAAUCUCCACAUUCUGAGAAGUUUAAGUCGGGGAGAGAGAAAAGCAGGGAAGGAUUUGUGCAGAAGAGCAAAGGGAGCCGGCUGGUCAUUGCCUUUGUCUGGCUCUCUGUGGCCACAGGGAACAUGUUGGGAGAUUGGAGCCUGGAGGUGAGUUCAAAUUCCUGCUCAGUGAGAACACAGGCUAGUAGACUUUGGGUCACAAGCUUAACUUGGUUCACAGGGUGGUUGUGAUGAGGAUUAAACAUCUGCAUCACACCUGCUUUUGGGGAUGGAAAAAGAGGGAGCAGAUAGUAAGUCUUUGAUGCAAAUACUUCUGCAGAGAAGGACCAUCAUUUCCUCCCUCUCUUAGGGUCAGAAUUACCUGUCCUAUGAACUGGCCAAGAAUGCGGACCCAGAGAAGGAGGAGGGAGAAGACUUUUGGGGAGCGAUUGCCGUGCACCCCGUCACGGAGCCCACCCUCAUGUACCGCCUGCAUAAGAGGUUCAGCCGAAUCAAGCUGGAGCAGACCUACCAAGAGAUAGAGGAGCUGCAGGUAAAGAGGGGAGAGACCCCCAACACCCCCCACAGUCUCUCUCACUGCUGGGGGUGGAGAGGAUGGAGGCCGCCGGGUGCUGGUCUCAGGCAGGGAGGGUGGGAGCAGCUGUGGGUCACCUUCCGGCAAGGCAGGGAGGAGACCCCGGCAUCCUGGGAUUUCUAAGGCAAGGUCACUUCCACAGAAACAAACAGGGUGACACCAGAGACUCCAAGCGUCCCUGAUUCUCAGGGUGUCCCUGGAGGGGGAUGCAAAGUCAUCCUUUUGCUCACGGUUCUCUGUACACAGCAUCUGGUGGAAUGGAAAGUCUGCUUUUUGGUUUGGUUCAGACUACAAAGGAGCUGCUGGAAGGAUAAGACCCUGCAAGCUCCACCUUCUUCAGCUGAGGAUCUCCCAGUAGGGGCAGCUGGAGGCUUCUGGGUGCUCACAGUGGGGUGCAUGAACGUGAUUUGGGGUGCCUGCAGCAGCUGCUGGGCCCAGGCUGGGAGCAUGGGGUUGGUGGCUGAGAGCCUGGAGUUCUGGCAACUCAGCUUCAUUCUUAGAUGAUAAUAUUAAUAAUAUUCACUAACAAUAUUCACUCUGGGCAGCUUCCAACAAAGAAUUAAAAAUACAUUAAAAUGUCACACAUUAAAAACUUCCCUGAACAGGGCUGCCUUCAGAUGUCUUCUAAAAGUCAGAUAGUUGUUUAUCUCCUUGACAUCUGAUGGGAGGGCGUUCCACAGGGCAGGCACCACUACCGAGAAGGCCCUCUGGCUGGUUCCCUGUAGCUUUGCUUCUCACAAUGAGGGAACCACCAGAAGGCCCUCGGCGCUGGACCUCAGUGUCUGUGGGGCUGAAGGAUGGGGGUGGAGACGCUCCUUCGGGUAUACUGGACCAAGGCCAAUUAGGGCUUUCAAGGUCAGCACCAACAGUUUGAAUUGUGCUCGGAAACGUACUGGGAGCCAAUGUAGGUCUUUCAAGACCGGUGUUAUGUGGUCUCAGUGGCUGCUCCCAGUCACCAGCCUAGCUGCCGCAUUCUGGCUUAGUUGUAGGUUCCAGGUUACCUUCAAAGGUAGCUCACGCUACUAACCCGGCCAGAUGGGCAGGGUACAAAUAAUAAAUUACUAUUACUACUAUUACAGAACUGCGGAUUUGGACAGGACCACAAUGGUCAUCCAGUCCAGCCCCCUUCAGGGCCAGGAGCCACAGCUCCAGAACCCCUGGCAGGUGGCCCCCCAACCUCUGCUUAGGAAUCUCCAGUGAAGGAGAGUCAUCACACGUUGGGCCUGGUGGGCUGGAGACCACUGGGUGGGUCUAGCUGCAAAGAGCCAACCAGCAGUUGUGGCACUACUCAGAGUAGGUGUUAACUCUUCAUCAGCAAGAACACAAUGAGUUUCAGGCCUGACGAGCCCAGCUGUUCAUCCCCAGUGCCCUCAUGAAUUUCAUUUCAAUUCACUUUUAAUUUGUAUGCUGCCUUUGGAUAUUACUAUGCACAAGGCAGUUUACAAGCUGAAGAAACAACAAAAUAGACAGCAAAGAUCAUACACGUAAUGACAAUCUGAUCCAAAGCAUAAAAGUCACAAUAAUUUAUAUCAGUUACCAAGACUGAAAGUCCCUGCCUUCCCACAACCAUCUCUAAGUCUCCUUCUCUUCAGGGCUUUAUCCAAGCAACUAGAGACUGUGCCUGCGUGCAGCCUACUGCUGCCCUGCCCUUUUCAGCCCUCUUCUGGUUCUGGGAGACAAGGUGGGAAGGGAGUGUGUUGCAGCAGAAGGAGGAGGAGACGCCCUGUGCUUCUUCCCCAGCCAGACUCCUCUCUGCCUCUUGGCCUCCCUCCUGUCCCGCCUCAGCUUCUGCCUCUGAUUCUGUACUGCCCUCUGCCACAGACUCCCCCUGCUCACUAAGCCCUGUCCCCUCUUCAGCUUCCCACACCUUCUUCUCCCUCUGACCCCAACUGGUUCAGUCCAUGACACACCAGGCCUUGUAGAUUCCUUCUGCAUCCUUUGUUUCGGGCUGAGCUAUACUUUUUGGAAACCCCCUUUUCCAGCCCCUGCCACGGGGUGGUCCAGCUGUGCUGUAGCCUUAUUGGAGUUCACCGAUUGGGUCUGCGUUGCUCCCGGACAGGAGGAAGGAAGUCAAAUGACACCGAGGGUUGGUUCAGAGAAAGAGUUUUUUAUUUCUGCUCUCCGGAACAGCAGAAAGGCACUUGCGAGGUCAGUCCACAGCAAGUCCAAAGAAAUGAGAGAUUUCAUGCAGUAUAUAUCUCCUCCAGGCACCCUCUCCCCCAUUCCCCAGGAAUCCAGCCACGUCAAUUUGUACACGCAGGUUGACAUCACAGAUGUUCCUGCUCCGGUACUCUUAACCAUAAAAGGGUUUUCCUUCCUGUACUUCUGACCAUAAAAGGGUAUUCCUGUUCCUACUCUUAUCUUGGAGCAAGAAGUCACCAACUCCAAGAACACACUCUGGUGCUGUUCCCGGACUAGGUCUGUGCGUCAGGACGUAAGUUAAGACCUAGACAUGUCAUUCCUACUCCACUGGAACAGCCAAGGGCAUCCUUGCCGUCACAAACUGAUAAAGGAGAGGGCUCUGAGCACUUGUUUAUACAGCCGGGUUUCUGUUUAUACAUUAACUCAGAGCUCAAGUUAAUGGAUUUUAGCUAAGGAAAAAUAGGGAUUUUGGUGCCCAUUUCAAACUGUCUGCACAGUCAGUUUUGGGUAUGGGAAACCCAUUCCUUCAGUGCAGCAAGGGAGAAGGUUGGGGGAUGUCUUAACGGGGGUUCUCCUCCUCUCUCCCUGGCAGGCUCAGAUCCGCAACCUGACAGCGCUGAUGCCGUCGGGGGAGGCAGAGCUGUCGUGGCCCGUGGGGGUCAGCGCCCCCUUUUCCCCCAAGUCCCGCUUCGAGGUGAUUGGCUGGGACUACUUCACGGAGCAGCACCUCUUCUCCUGCCCCGACGGGGCCCCCAAGUGCGAGCUGCAGGGGGCCAGCAAGGCGGACGUGGGCGACAUCUUGCAGGCGGCGCUGGAGCAGCUGAACCGGCGCUACCAGCCGCAGCUGCGCUUCCGCAAGCGCCGGCUGCUCAACGGCUACCGCCGCUUCGACCCCACGCGGGGGAUGGAGUACCAGCUGGAGCUGCUGCUGGAGGCCGUCACCCAGAAGGGUCACAGCCACCUCCUCUCGAAGCGCGUCCAGCUCCUGCGCCCACUCAGCCAGGUGGAGAUCAUCCCCAUGCCCUACGUCACGGAGGCCACCCGCCUGCAGCUGGUGCUGCCCCUCACCGUGCCGGAGCUGGACUUCCUGGGGGGCUUCCUGGACGCCUUUGCCACCAACGCCCUGGACGCCAGGGACAACUCCCGCCUGACCCUGCUCUUCGUCUACGACCCCUACGACGCCCAGCGCGUGGGGCAGGUGGACGUCUUUGCUGGGGCCAAGGCCAUGGUGGCCGAGCUGGAGAGGCGCUACUCGGACGUCAAGAUUCCCUGGAUCAGCGUCAAGACAGAGGUCCCCUCCCAGGUCAAGCUGAUGGACAUCGUCUCCAAAAAGCACCCCGUGGACACCCUCUUCUUCCUGGCCAGCGUCUGGACGGAGGUCACGGCCGAGGUCCUCAACCGCUGCCGCAUGAACGCCAUCAGCAGCUGGCAGGUCUUCUUCCCCGUCCACUUCCAGGAGUUCAACCCGGCGCUGGCCUUCCGUGGGGGUGAGCAGGCGGCUGGCGGGGGCGCUUCGGCCGCCUCGGACUUCCCUCGGGACGGGCGCUUUGACCGGCAGGCCUUCUCAGAGGCCUGCUUCUACAACGCGGACUACAUGGCGGCCCGUGCAAGGCUGGCGUCCGACGUGCUGGACCGCGAGGAGGCUCUGGAGGGCCUGGAGGCCUUUGACGUCUUCCUGCGCUACUCGGAGCUGCACGUCUUCCGGGCGGCGGAGCCGGGGCUGGCGCAGAAGUAUGUCUUGCGGGGCUGCAACCCCCGUCUGAGCGAGGAGCUCUACCACCGCUGCGUCCUCAGCAACCUGCAAGGACUCGGCUCCCGAUCCCACCUGGCCAUGGCGCUCUUUGAGCAGGAGCAGGCCAACAGCACCUGA